CCCACUCACAGGGAAGAUGUGGUCUUCGUGCAUUUAACCAGAGGUCCAUCCAAACGCCAGGCCCUCCUCAAAACUCCCCACCUCCCUCCCCCUUUCCCCUCUCGUUAUCCUUCCUCUCCAGUCUCCUCACCGUCCAAAUCCGCCUUUCCUUUCCCACACCCCAACUACCAUGGCGGCAGGACUCUCCUCCUCCGCCGCCGUUGUAGUUUUCAAACCUCUCCGCCAAUUCCACGGCGCAGCUCGCCCCCUACUCCCCUUCCCUCCUUCGAUUCGGUACAGAAACGAUACAACUACGAACAGUACCGAUUUCUUCCGACGAGGCCGGACGAGGAAGACGAGCUUCGCCGUCUGUUUCGUACUGGAGGAGACGAAGCAGAGCGUCCGCGUUAUUGACGACCGCCAGAUCGAGAAUCCGACUGACGGGGAGGAAGAGCCGAUGAUUGAGGAGGCGGAGGAAACGACGCCGGCGCCGACGCCGACGCCGCAGAUCCUGCCGCCUCGCGUCGCGGAGAGGCUGGCCCGGAAGAAAUCGGAGAGGACUACUUAUCUCGUGGCCGCCGUCAUGUCGACUUUAGGCAUCACUUCCAUGGCCGUCAUGGCCGUUUACUACCGCUUCCACUGGCAAAUGGAGGGAGGAGAGGUGCCGUUAUCGGAAAUGUUCGGCACAUUCGCUCUCUCAGUCGGCGCCGCCGUGGGAAUGGAAUUCUGGGCGAGAUGGGCGCACAAGGCGCUAUGGCACGCCUCUUUGUGGGAGAUGCACGAGUCCCACCAUCGACCGAGGGAAGGGCCGUUCGAGCUAAACGACGUGUUCGCAAUAAUAAACGCCGUUCCAGCUAUCGCCCUCCUCUCUUACGGUUUCUUCACCAAAGGCCUAAUCCCGGGCCUCUGUUUUGGAGCUGGACUGGGAAUUACGGUGUUUGGGAUGGCCUACAUGUUUGUCCACGAUGGUCUCGUACACAAGCGAUUCCCCGUGGGUCCCAUCGCCAACGUGCCUUACUUCCGCAAGGUUGCUGCCGCCCACCAGCUUCACCAUACGGAGAAGUUCGAAGGAGUCCCAUAUGGGCUGUUCCUUGGACCCAAGGAACUAGAGGAAGUUGGAGGACUUGAAGAAUUGGAGAAGGAGAUUGCUAGGAGAAUCAAAGCUUACAAGGGUUCUUGACUUUUUCCCCCCCUCUUCUUUUACGGGGUCUCCUGCCUCAAAUUUUGGAUUAAUUAGUACUACUGGAGAAUUGUUUAUCGAGGAAAAAAAAAAGGAAAAAGGAAAAUGAAUGAAAAUCAGAUCAUAGGAAUAUGUAGCUAAUUAAAGCUGCAGUUAUGUAAAUUCUCAAUUCGAUACGCUCAAGGACUUUAGUUCUUGUGGUUAUGUAGUAGUUGGUUGUCUAUGUGAAACAAUCCAUGUUUGUAAGAAGGGGAAAAAAAUAUUAUAUGUAGAUGCCAUCCAGAUUCACGAUUAGUGGUAUUAUCUAUAAAUCAAAUUUUUAUUUUUGUAUAUAGAAGCUCUUCUAUCUUGAAUGAUCUUGUUCAACCAUGUAAGAUUUCCAAUCAGUCAGU